AGCGUCUACGCGAGCGAGCGCGAGCAUCCACUGCUCACGUAUUUACAGUCGUCGCGCGCUUUUUAGGUUGUUUUUUGUUUUUUUAGCAGCUGUUUGGAGUUCCUGGGAGCGGAGCAGGAUGACGAUGCUGGUGUUGGCCGCGUGCGCGCUGCUGUGUCUGAGCCCCGCGCUGUCCGCGGUUCGGCUCUGCCCGGAUCGCUGCGAUAAGUCCGCGUGCCCGCCCGUGCCCGCGGAGUGCCUGGCCGGGGACACGCUGGACCGCUGCUCCUGCUGCCCCGUGUGCGCGUCCGGCGAGGGCGAGCCGUGCGCGAGCGCGCGCGACUGCGCCGAGGGCCUCUCGUGCUCGCUGCCCGAGGGCGCGCGACCCACCACGGCCACGGUGCGGCGACGCGCGCGGCCCGGCGGCGUAGGCGUGUGCACGUGCCCCAGCGGGGAGCCCGUGUGUGGCAGCGACGGCGUCUCCUACCGCAACAUCUGCGAGCUGAAGAGCGUAAGCGCGCGCGCCACCGAGCUGCAGCAACCGCCGGUCAUCUUCAUCCAGAGGGGAGCCUGCGGGACAGGUCAUGAGGAGAAUCCAGACAGCCCAAGGCACAAAUACAACUUCAUCGCUGAUGUGGUGGAGAAAGUCGCCCCAGCUGUGGUUCAUAUUGAGCUCUACCGCAAGAUGGUGUUCACUAGGCGGGAGGUGGCGGUGGCCAGUGGUUCGGGUUUCAUCGUUUCCGAGGACGGUCUGAUCGUGACUAACGCUCACGUAGUGGCCAACAAGCACCGGGUCAAAGUGGAGUUGAAGACGGGCGCCACCUUCGACGCCAAGAUCAAAGACGUGGACGAGAAAGCCGACAUCGCCCUCAUCAAGAUCGACACUCCGAUGAAGCUUCCAGUGCUACUGCUGGGAAGGUCAGCUGACCUGAGACCGGGUGAGUUUGUGGUGGCCAUCGGCAGCCCCUUCUCCCUCCAGAACACAGUGACUACAGGCAUCGUCAGUACGGCCCAACGAGGAGGCAAGGAGCUGGGCCUGCGGAACUCAGACAUGGACUACAUCCAGACCGACGCCAUCAUCAAUUAUGGGAAUUCAGGAGGACCCCUGGUGAACUUGGAUGGAGAGGUGAUAGGGAUUAAUACUCUGAAGGUCACAGCCGGAAUCUCUUUCGCCAUUCCCUCUGACAAGAUCCGCCAGUUCCUCACAGAGUCACAUGACCGCCAGGCGAAAGGAAAACUACCUACAAAAAAGAAGUAUAUUGGCGUUAGAAUGAUGACCCUCACUCCGACUCUUGCUAAGGAGCUGAAGGAAAGGCAGUCUGAUUUCCCGGAUGUCACCUCAGGAGCUUACGUCAUCGAGGUCAUUCCCAAAACCCCAGCAGAAGUUGGUGGCCUGCAGGAGAGCGACGUCAUCAUCAGCAUCAACGGCCAGCGAAUCAACUCAGCCAGCGACGUCAGCGCGGCCAUCAAGAAGGACGAAACGCUCAGGGCGGUGGUUCGGAGGGGAAACGAGGACGUCAUCCUCACCAUCAUCCCUGAGGAGAUCGACCCUUGACCCUCCUUCUCCCCUGACCUCCUGCUCUACCUUGAGCUGGUUCUCAGCGUGAACAAAAAAAAAAAACUAAAGACUUUUACAGAGUGUGCGUCUGGAGCCGCACUCGUUUUAGCACAUGUAGUAAACCCCACCUGCCUUUAAACCUAUGAGACCCUCCCUAAACUGGCCCACACCCUGAAGGACGUUCCAUCCUGAGUCCUCCUCAUCCUUGUUUCGGUUCCAGUCGGUCAUUAUUAAAUUCACAAUGAGCCUGUUUACACUUA